AGCCCCCCUCCCCCUUCUUCUCCAUGCUUUUCUCUACCCUCUUACCCAAAUAUCAAAUAUUUCACAAAAAAAUAAAAUUAAAAAACAUAAUUUUGAUCUGAAAAAUGAGCCAAGAACAGUCUCGGAGGCCUCAAGAUCAGAAGGAGGCAGUGAAAUAUGGGGACGUGUUUCCCGGCGUUCAAGGAGCCGAGCUGGCGGAGAAGGUGGUGACGCCCAAGGACGCUGCCAUUAUGCAGGCGGCGGAAAAUGCUGUGCUGGGGCAUACCCUCAAGGGUGGUGCUGCCUCAUUCAUGCAGUCUGCCGCCACGGAGAAUGAGAAGGCGGGUGUUGUGGGUUCAAGUGACGUGAAUGCGGAUGUUGUGGGAGACGGGGUUAGCGUUAAGGAGGCUGAUCUUCCGGGACGCCGUAUAAUAUCAGAGUCGAUCGGUGGACAGGCUGUGGGGCAAUACAGCCAGCGAGCUCCUUUGGCAGCACCAAACACUAUUCAACCAGUCGGUGGCUCUGCCGGUCAAAUCACCAUUGGUGAGGCCCUCGAGGCCACGGCUAUGACAGCCGGACAGAAGCCGGUGGAGUAUAGCGAUGCAGCCGCAAUUCAGGCGGCAGAGGUUAGAGCAACCGGCCGUACCAACAUAGUACCCGGUGGUGUGGCAGCAGCCGCUCAGUCGGCCGCAACCCUCAAUGCUCGGGCUACAAAGGACGAGGAGAAGACUAAACUGGCCGACAUUCUUGCGGAUGCAUCUUCAAAGUUACCGGCAGACAAACCGGCGACACGUCGAGAUGCUGAGGGAGUGACGGGAGCGGAAAUGCGAAACGAUCCAUUCCUGACUACGCACCCGACUGGAGUGGCGGCUUCGGUGGCGGCAGCUGCUAGGCUGAACGAGAAUAACAGCAACGAAAGGCUAAAAUAGUUUGCAUAUGUGAAUCUGGAAGUAUCAUCAGAUACGUAUAUCAGUAUAUGCAGGUUGCCCGGGUUGUGUUGUCACUUACAGUAGCCGCCAUAGCCGUGUUUUUCGAGUCUGAAAACGUUUGUUAUCUUCCAAACAGAUGUCCUCUUCCGUUGGGGGGUAUGAAUGUGGUGAAUAAAGGACCCAGAGUAUGUACCAAUAUUAAUGUACGAGAGUUUGUAUUUGUAGCUUACUUUUGCACUCGAGUUCUCGAGUUUGAUUC